AUCUUAUCAUUUUUAUUAACUUUCAUAAAAGAAAUAUGAAAAUACUUCUUUUGAUAGUCAUGAUCACAGUAUUUGUAAGCUGUGACUAUUCUGAAGAGCUAGCAGUAGACAUGCUCUAUGCUUCAGCACUUUCAUAUUGUCCGACAGAGAGAGUUUUAGCAGGGAAUUGUAAAGCAGCAGGAGAUGCAACAGAGAAAGCAGGGAUUCUUCCCUUUUUCUCACUUGAUAACCAGGAUUCGAAGAAUCCAAUCUAUAUGACUUUAAUGAAAAGAGAAUCUCAGAAACAGAUUAUUGUGGGAUUUUCUGGCACUAAAGGAGCUGAGGAACUCAUUGAUGAGAUUGCACAAAUUGUACCUAAAGAAUAUGAUAUCCAUCCGGAUAAAGGUGUUAAAGUAUUUGCUUUCUUUUAUGAGCAUUAUAAAAACCAAUUCAGAAGUUCUUUCUUAGAGCAGAUGACUGAUAUUUUAUCAAAAGAAGAGAAUACAGGAUAUGAUGUUAUCUUUACAGGACACUCUCUUGGAGGAUCUCUUACAAUGCAUGCAGCCGCAGAUGCAAUUCUAAACGGAAUCUUAAAUAAUACUGAUGUUUACAUCUACACUUUUGGUCAACCAAGAGUUGGAAAUAUUCAAUUUAUUGAAGAAUUCUUUCCAAACGUAAAAGAAUGCUAUAGAGUUAUCCACAAUAAUGAUAUUGUUCCUCAUCUCCCACCCUGUAUCAACGAGCUAGGUCACGGCUGUGUCAAGCAUGGAUUUUUACUCCCUGCUUUCCCAUAUCAUGCUGCUACAGAAGUUCUAUAUGAAAAAGAUUUUGAGAGCUACAAAGUAUGUAGCUCCACAGAAGGAGAAGAUAAACACUGCUCUCUUUCCAAAAUCGGCAAAAGCAUUCUUGACCAUCUCACAUAUUUCGGAGUCGAGGUAGGCCAAUUCUACAGACACGACUCUGAAGUCCCCAAAAGUAUCUCCACUACGCUACUAAUCUAAACCUCCAUCAUUCCUAAAAAGUUCCAUCCUAUUCCAAUCCUACACAAAAAAUCUUUCAUGCUUUCCAAUUACCCUCACUCCAGUCAGAACCUAAGCCGACUAUUCUUCUUUUGGUUAUGCCCACACAGAGAUUUUGUACUACGAACUUGGCCAAAAGUAGGGGCUAAGUUG